AUGGCGAGAGACAAGGAACGAUCUGUCAAUCCUGCGCAACAACAGCGCAAGCUCGAAAAGGCGAAACAGCUGAAAAAGAGUCGGGCGGAGCUACAGGCAAGGCGCAAUGAAAAACUCGCCCGCCGAAACCCCGAGCGCCUCCAGCGCCAGAUCGAUGACCUCAAGGCUCUCGAAGCAGCUGGGGAUAUCAAACCCAGAGAGCGUGCCAUUCUAGAAGACUUAGAACGAGAUCUACGCGCCGUCAGAAAAGCAAGGGAAGCUCUGGGCGACAAAGCGCCAAACUUUGCCGGACAACCACGCCGACGGGAAGGGGAGGGCAGUGGCACUACAUUAGGCAAGAGAAGGCAUGAUGGCGAGCGCAAAUACCAACAUUCGAGACAAGAGUCGUCCGGUAGUGACACGGAUGAAUCUGUCCGCCGCAUUCCUAUGCCAGAAGAUACACCACCACCGAUCCCGCGGGAGUUCAGGCGCCACUUCCCGCGCAGGGAAGACGGUGACAAUUCUCAACAAGCGACGGCGACGGCACCGCGCAGACCAUCACUACCCACCAAACCCGGAACGAAGCCCAUAGAAGUGAAAACCACAUACGAAAGUGCUCCGCAGAUCCGUGAUCUCCGCAAAGAGGCCGUCAACAGGUUCGUCCCGGACGUUGUACGCAAGAAACAAGAGGCCGCAAAAGGCGGGCCCACGGGCCGCCUGAUCGAGCCAGAAGAGAUGGAUCGACUCGAAGCCGAGGGCUAUCUGGGGAACCAGGCGAAUGGCGGCAGGACAACAGACACCGCGAGAACUGCGGGUGGUGAUGACAUGGAUGUCGACGACGAGAAUGCAAGGCGGCUUGCGGAGGAGGAAGAGCGCUUUCUUCGCGAGGUGGAGAUGCAGCAGAUUCAAGAGGACCCAGAUGAAGAGAGGCGUCCCAGAAAGACUGUGGAAUCACGGCCUGUACCACGCAGGAACGUCGAGAUUGAAGAAAUCGAGGAUGAGGAUGCGUGA